AUGACGCGCCCUCCAAGCGACGACAUGUUGGGCUCGGGAUGGACAGUGGCGAUUGGACUUUUGUCGUCGGAGGGGACAUGGAACCCCUCUUCAGAAAUCUCCCAUUCUCCAUUCUUGGUUGCCAUGUUUACUAGAUUUCUACUCUUUCUUCUACCUCUUGUCGGCGCGAAGUUCGCAGUGACACCAUUUGGGGCUCUGCGCAGGCCGGAAUCGCGUCAAUUAACCAAAAGAAAUGUUUUCACGGACUCACUGGCCAGUGCUGAAGCCGAAGACUUACCAUACACAACUUACAACCUCUCCGUUCCCAUUGACUACUUUCACAAUGAGUCCAAAUACGAGCCUCAUUCUUCCGACAAGUUCAACCUUCGGUACUUCUUCGACGCUCAAUACUACAAGGACGGCGGCCCUGUGAUUGUUCUUCAAGGGGGCGAGACCUCAGUCACGGACCGCAUACCCUAUUUACAAAAGGGAAUCGUAAGUAUUCUGGCAAAAGCCACAAACGGAAUCGGAGUCAUUCUAGAGCACCGAUACUACGGCACCAGCUUUCCCACCGAGGAUCUAUCGAUAGAGAAUCUAAGAUUCUUGACCACAGAACAGGCUUUGGCAGACCAAGCCUAUUUCGCAGAAAAUGUGAAGUUUGAGGGAUUGGAGGACAAGAAGCUUAACGCACCUGAUACGCCAUAUAUUGCAUAUGGUGGAUCCUAUGCUGGUGCAUUUGUAGCCUUCCUCCGAUUACUGUACCCAGACAUGUACUACGGUAGGCAAAGAACGAAGCAAGAUGGAAUUGAGCUGACAUUUUCAGGCGCGAUAGGGUCUUCUGCGGUGACCGAGGCCAUCUGGGAUUUCUGGGCCUACUACGAGCCAGUACGGAAGUACGGUCCUCCACUAUGUAUCAAGAACACCCAACUCCUCACCAACGUAGUGGACAACAUCUUGCUGAAAGGCGAUGCCAAAACUACGCAGACUCUCAAGUCUGCUUUUGGCCUCGCAGACAUUGUUUACGAUGAUGAUUUUGCUAAUACGCUCUCUUUUGGUAUUGGUGGAUGGCAGGGCCGCAACUGGGAUCCGGACGUGAAUAGCCCUGGCUUUGAUGAGUACUGUGGCAAUAUCACCGCCAACAGCACCAUAUAUUCAUCAAAUUCAACACUUAGCACUACUGCGAGCUAUCUACUCUCUGCUGCAGGUUACAACUCUACACUGCUUACUCCGUUAUUGAAUUACAUAGGCUACAUCAACGCCACGAUCCCCGGUCCUGCAGCAGACGCCAACGAAACCCUGAAUCAAUAUUACACUAACCACAAUGCUACCUUUUACGCUCAGGAUAGCCUCGCCGAUAGCUGGAGGAGUUGGCCAUACCAGUAUUGUACACAGUGGGGCUACCUACAGACUGGCUCGGGGGUUCCCUCGGAUGAAUUACCCUUGAUUUCUCGGCUGCUUACCUUAGACUACGAAUCAUUGAUCUGCCAGUACGCUUUCAAUCUCACAACACCCGCUGAUACUGAGGCUAUCAACAAAUACGGCGGGUACGACCUAGCGUACGAUCGUUUAGCCUUUGUUGAUGGAGAAAUUGAUCCGUGGAGGGGCGUGAGUCCUCAUGCUCCUCAAGCGAGACCACGAGAGAGUACCACAGAGCGGCCAUUCAUCCUGAUCGCGGAUGCUGUUCAUCACUGGGAUGAGAAUGGACUGUUGCCAAAUGAAACCACUCCAGAUUUGCCGCCGAAACCCGUUGCGGAUGCUCAGAGCCAAGAAGUUGAAUUCGUGAAGGCGUGGUUGGCCGAGAGGAAUGAUGUGUCGAUAAUAAAGCAAUGA